AAAUCAUCAUCAUCAUUAUUAUCAUUGGGAUCGAUUUAGUUUUCGUUCAAUAAUAAUAAAUGGCAGUCCAAAUCGAAAACGGAUUGAUAAUUCGGCUAUAAAUUUUAGUAUGCAUUCAUUUGUACGAAAAUCUAUUAAUGAUAAUAAUGAUAAUAAAAAUAAUGAACAACAACGACAACGACAACGACAAAAAGAUCAAUUCAUACAUGAUCAUCUGAAUUCUAGUCAAGAUUCACAUGGUUCAUCUGCAACUAUAACAAAUACGGAUACAUUACCAGUAAUGGAACAGGAUCUAGUGUCAAAAGAACCACCACGUGAACGUUUGGGUAUAAUCAAGGCUAUUAUUAUUAUUAUUGCUGGAAUCUAUUUCGGUGCAUGGGUUGCAAUGAUUGGUGCAAAAUUAUUGGAAGAUUUAGAUAUUUUCGUUCAAGAUCGUGAUGGUGAUGAUGAUUAGAUUAGAUUAGAUUCUUUAAUUAGAAAAUUCUUCUAUAUUCAAUAUCAAAAUGGAUUUGGCACCAUGAAUCUUCUCACGAAAUUUUUUUUAUUUAUUUAUUCAUUUCCAAAAUGAAAAUUGUGCAAUGCAAUAUUUAUUUAUUUAAUACCCUAUAUAUGUUUCACAUUUACUGUAUGUCUCAUUCACUCAUCGAUACAGAUCUGAUCGGUUCAUAUAAUAAUGGAUGAAUAAUCCGCAUCCAAUAAUUAAUUUUAACGACAACGACAACAACAACAAUGAACACCUAAGAUGUGUGUCUGUGCUGUGUUUUUGUUCACAUUCUCUAUCAUCAUCAUCAUCAUUAUUCAAUUUGUUGACAAUUAAUCCCCUUUAUUUUCAUUUUU